AAAAGCCGAGACAAAGCUGUUACUGUAGUCUCCUUCUUCAAUGAGAUCUAGCCAAAGCCAUGGGCUCGACCAGAUCCAGACUCAGACUCAUAAAAAGAUCCUAUUAACCUCACUCUCGGCCAUAGCAGCGGAGACUGUUACUUUCCCAAUAGACCUCACAAAGACUCGACUUCAGCUUCACGGCGAGUCUCUCUACGCCACCCGAGCUCAACCCACCAACUCGUUCCGAGUCGCCACCGAGAUCGUUCGCCAACAAGGUCCUUUUGGACUCUAUCAAGGCCUAUCUCCCGCCAUUUUAAGACAUCUCUUCUAUACCCCUAUUCGAAUUGUGGGUUACGAGAAUUUGAGAAAUUUUGUUGCCAAAGAUGAUGGUGGUUCCAUUUCUCUCUACACUAAAGCUCUUCUUGGCGGAAUCUCCGGCGUUAUUGCCCAGGCAGUGGCUAGCCCUGCUGAUCUCAUCAAAGUAAGAAUGCAAGCAGAUGGUCGCAUGGUGAGCCAGGGUCACAACCCCAGAUAUACAGGGCCUUUGGAUGCGUUCUGCAAAAUAGUGCGCGCAGAAGGGUUUGGUGGGCUCUGGAAAGGCGUCCUUCCGAACAUUCAAAGGGCAUUUUUAGUGAACAUGGGAGAAUUAGCCUGCUACGAUCAUGCCAAACAGUUUGUUCUUCAAAACCAAAUAGCUGCUGAUAAUAUAUAUGCACAUACCUUAGCUUCGACUAUGUCGGGGCUCUGCGCAACUGCUUCGAGUUGUCCUGCAGAUGUGGUUAAGACGAGAAUGAUGAAUCAAGUAGCAAGCAAGGAAGGUGAGAUUAAAUACAGGAACUCUUAUGAUUGUUUGGUGAAGACUGUUAGAAUUGAAGGAUUAAGAGCAUUGUGGAAAGGGUUUUUUCCUACUUGGGCAAGACUUGGUCCUUGGCAAUUUGUGUUUUGGGUUUCUUAUGAGAAGUUCAGACAAGCAGCAGGGCUCUCUUCCUUCUAAUAUGAAGGAACAUAAACAUCAAACGUUAUGACAAUAAUUAUCCCAAUUUUUAUCCAAAUUUUUGUGUAGUUUUUCUUAUAUUCAACAAUAAGUAAAUGAUAUGAAAUUUUUUCAAGUGUCUGAA